CGCCAGCCGGCCGCCGCCGCCGUGGGCUACGCGGGCUGCCGCGUGGCUGUGACCUUCUUCCUUUACUUCCUGGCCACCAACUACUACUGGAUCCUGGUGGAGGGGCUGUACUUGCACAGUCUCAUCUUCAUGGCCUUCUUCUCGGAGAAGAAGUAUCUGUGGGGGUUCACCAUCUUCGGCUGGGGUGUGCCCGCCGUGUUUGUGGCUGUGUGGGUCGGUGUUCGAGCGACUCUCGCAAACACUGGGUGCUGGGACUUGAGCUCCGGACACAAGAAGUGGAUCAUCCAGGUGCCUAUCUUGGCCUCUGUGGUGCUCAACUUCAUCCUCUUCAUCAACAUCAUCCGAGUGCUUGCCACCAAACUGCGGGAGACCAACGCGGGCCGGUGUGACACGCGGCAGCAGUACCGGAAGCUGCUCAAGUCCACGUUGGUCCUCAUGCCCCUCUUCGGCGUCCACUACACCGUGUUCAUGGCCCUGCCGUACACCGAGGUCUCAGGGACACUGUGGCAAAUCCAGAUGCACUACGAGAUGCUGUUCAAUUCUUUCCAGGGAUUCUUUGUCGCCAUCAUCUAUUGUUUCUGUAACGGUGAGGUACAGGCUGAGAUCAAGAAAUCGUGGAGCCGCUGGACCCUAGCAUUGGACUUCAAGCGCAAAGCACGCAGUGGUAGCAGCAGCUACAGCUACGGCCCCAUGGUAUCGCACACGAGCGUGACCAACGUAGGCCCCCGGGCGGGACUCAGUUUACCCCUCAGCCCCCGCCUGCUGCCCGCCGCCGCCACCAACGGCCACUCCCAGCCGCCGGGCCACCCCAAGCCGGGCCCCCCAGCUCUUGAGACUGAGUCCACUCCGGUCACCAUGGUUGCCCCCAAGGACGAUGGCUUUCUCAACGGCUCUUGCUCGGGGCUGGAGGAAGAGCCCACG